UCAUACCAAAGUACUGCAAAAUAAACAAUGGUGACUGUGAUCAGUUCUGCAGCAUCAAAGCAACUGGGCGGAAGGAUGUUUUGUGUUCCUGUGCAAAAGGAUAUGUUCUAGCAGAGGAUGGCAAACGCUGUGUUUCAUCAGUAAAGUAUCCUUGUGGAAGAGUUCUUGUGAGAAGAAAAAAAAGGUCAAUUAUUUUACCUGCUGAUAAUAGCAAUGUAACUAGUGGUGAAGAUGACCCCCCUACGUACACAACAGCUUUGGAGGAGGACAUUGUUACUACCACAGAAAGUCCAACCCUCCGUCCUGGCAAGGAAACAAAUAGCAACUCGUACGUUGAUACCAGGAUAGUAGGUGGUGACGAGUGUCAUCUUGGUGAAUGUCCGUGGCAGGCUGUUCUGUUGAAUGAGGAAGGGGAAGAGUUUUGCGGUGGAACUAUUUUGAAUGAAAAUUUUAUACUUACUGCAGCUCAUUGUAUGAAUCAAUCAAAAGAAAUCAAAGUUGUUGUUGGUGAAGUGGACAGAGAAAAGAAAGAACAGUCUGAAACAAUGCAUACCGUGGAUAAACUACUUGUUCACUCGAAAUACAUUGCUGAGACUUAUGAUAAUGACAUAGCCUUAAUAAAGCUGAAGGAACCUAUAACAUUUUCUGAGUACAUUAUCGCAGCCUGCCUUCCUGAAGUAGAUUUUGCUAAUGACGUUCUGAUGAACCAAAGGUCUGGAAUGGUUAGUGGCUUUGGGCGUGAAUUUGAAGGUGGACGACUAUCCAAAAAACUCAAAGUGCUUGAAGUCCCCUACGUCGAUAGGAACACUUGCAAGCAAUCCACUAACUUUGCAAUAACAGAAAACAUGUUCUGUGCUGGUUAUGAAACAGAGCAAAAAGAUGCUUGUCAAGGAGACAGUGGCGGUCCCCAUGUAACCAGGUAUAAGGAGACUUAUUUUGUUACUGGAAUUGUUAGCUGGGGAGAGGGAUGUGCAAAGAAGGGCAAGUACGGAAUCUAUACCAAACUGUCAAGGUUCUUACGCUGGGUGAGAUGGGCCAUGAGACGCAACUCGUAG